GUGGACCCGUCCGAAAACGAAAUGUGUCUGGCAACAAGGUGCUAAUAGGGAAGUUACGGUCGUUAAAAGCGGCGUGCGACACUCCUCCACAUACCAUAUGCUUCACUUUCUGUAAACUGUGCAAGGUGUAGAGUAAAUUACAACACGUGAUCGUCGCGGAAACCUUUAUCUUGUCUUCAGAGCGAUCCGUGUUCUUCUAGGGAAAGGACGUCUCAGUUUUGAAGUCAGAUAAAGUUUGCUGUAAGUUUUGAAACGUGUGUAGAAGUCAAAAUCUAGAUUAGGAGAAAAAGGAGACAGAGUAGGUUCAUAGAUAGUAUCGACAGGUUGUUGGAUACAAGUACGGACAUUCGGGACACAAGCGGAAGAAUGGAGCAAGCACGGGCGGACGACAUCGCGCCUGCUCCCGAGGACUUAGGCCAGGGGUCUCGGUCAUCUCUGCCCUUCUCCAUCGAGAACAUUCUCGGCUCAACUCCCGGUGAUAACAGAUCUAGAGUGGAAAACUUCACCGCGACGAAGAAUCACAGCCACUGGAUCCAUGGAAUCCCUCACGGACCGUUGUAUCAGGAUUCGCACGAUCACCGGACUGUGUACGAGCUUCCCGGCGGGGUUGGGAGAGCCCUCCCCCCGUCUGUUCCCGUCGGAAGGCUGGCGUGGAUGACUCAAGUUUUCAACGGGAACAACAUCCCCUUCCAUAGCACCGGUCAGCCAUUGGCCAUGACGCUUGCAGCCGGCAAAGCAAUCUUACCCAGCAUGCAUCGUCCCCGGAAACGGAAGCUACCUUUGGACCGGAAGCCACGCCAGGCUUACUCAAGCAGACAGCUGGAGCGUCUUGAAGAAGAGUUUAAGAAGGACAAGUACCUGAGUGUCAGCAAACGGGUGGAGUUGGCGGAAUCCUUGGAGCUGACAGAAAUCCAGGUCAAGACGUGGUUCCAGAACAGAAGAACGAAAUGGAAGAAGCAGACAGCAGCCAGAAUGCGCAUGCUCCACCAGCAGGACGCCGCCAUCUUACCUGCGAGCAGCGUGCCUCAUGACGUCAUCCGUUACCAUGGCUACACAUCCUGCCACACACUCCCGUCGUUCCCAAACUUCUCUGCGCACGAGCCGUUCUUGUUCCCAAACCCUGCAACCGUUCAACACAUCAUCUCUUACAAUAGAGAAGCGGCAAUGUAAAUAAAAAUACUACCUGUACAGAUUUGUUUUACAUAUAACAGUUAAUAUAGUCUAUGUUUUAAUAUAAAAAUUGUUGUUAUUGGCUACAAUGUAUACCUACGAUGUGUAUCGUUUGGAUACUGCUGUUGUUUUUUCUUCUUUUUAUGCUUCUGAAAGUAAUGUCCGCUUUAAUCUUUACAGUCAUAUUUCUUACUGUAAUUUUACUUAUUUCGACGACAGUGGCACACUAAGGACGGAAUUACAAAUUCGAUUGAUAAAAGUUUGUAGAAUAUACAAAGUUGUUGUUGUUUAUUACUAGUUGUUUAUGCCUUACUUCUAUAAAGGCGCGAAAGCCUGUACAGAUUGCAGUUUUGAAGGAAGUCGAUAGUCGGCGCCGUUUACUGUUGCCAUUUCAACGGCCUGCUUGAUACUAAUUAUUUCGUACUGACAAACCUUUAAUUUCUGAGGAGCAGAUUUCCAACGUUUCAAAGGAAGACAAAACACUGAUGAUGUAAAGCCAUAUUGUGUGCGUAUAAAGAUAUUUGAUACUUUGUAUAAACCAUUAUUGUGCACCAUUUAUUACGUCUUGUUGUGGAUUCUAUUUCAAACUUAUCCUUGAAAUGUUGACCUUUUGAAGCGCUACUUCCUGCAUUUUGAGGUGAAAAUUUCGCUGACAGAUAAAGCUAAGUUCAAUGGCAUAAUACUUUAAAGUUUCUUCCCCGGGUUUUACAACAAUUGCCCACCGGCAAUACACACGGUACGGUAGUCAUUAAAUGCGGGGACCAAAUCCAUAGUUGACAGUUUACCGUUUUUCAAAAGAUCAAAAGUUGUAAACAUAUUCUAUAUCGCUAGAGGGCACAAUAUCUAAGGAAGAAUGAAUGCAACUGGUCAAGAGGUGUACAUCAUGCAUGUGAAAACUUCCCAUCUGGAGAUAUAGAUAGCAUAAUAACUU